UAAUCACUUAAUUAUCUCAUUAACUUUAACACUGCUUCAGUGGGUGGAAAAAAAAUAUGGCAGGACUUUUACUUUCUGAGCCCUGGACUUUCCACCUCUGCGCGAUACCUCCGCGGUGGAUCCGCCACGGAGUCCUUUUGCUGUGUGGGUUGCCUUCUACUUGAGAGAGUCCUGCCCCUCCCUUAUUCACCUGCUGCUCUACACCAGAUUUAAUCAUGCACGGAAUCCGCAAAACCUUAUUCAUCCUCAUUCUUUUAAUGGGUUUGCUCAUGUUCUUUUAUACUGACCGGGAGUUUUGGAGUAAAACUUCAGCACAGAUAUUAAGUUUCUCAAAUUUGCAAGUUCUCAAAGAUCCAGAGAUUACAGACUUCCCCAAAACAAAUAUAGGGCCUUUUCAUAAUGAAAAUCCAACACCCUGUACCUGCCAAAAGACUGCGUCUGCAAACCAAUUUGUGCCAGAAGAUGAGCUGGAUGACUUGCAGAAACGCCGGGCAGAGGAGUUCAGACAACACCAGAUCAGGACAGGGAAAGAAAACGAUGUUCUUAUUCUCGCCCCUGCCAACACCCCACUCCAGUAUCCAAUCAGAGGAUUCAGAGUGACUCCCAUGAACAAAACACUCAUUCCUGGUCUAGCGCUGCAAACACAAAACAGAGCAGUUUACAAGGUGUCUCUAAGGGUGCAGAAAGGGCUGCUCUCAGUGCUGGAUGUUCAGGAGGGUGAGCAGGUGGACGGCCAAAAUGAGGAGCAUCUCAGCAUCUCAUCCAGCAGCCUCCAACAGCUCAAUAAGCUGCUGAGCAGAGUGACCUACACCAGCACCGUCUACCACAUCAAGACCCAAGACCUCGCGUACUUCUCUUUUGAGAACCAUGAAGUCAUAUUCCCGAUAGAGAUCAGACGUUUGUCAGUUCCUGUUCUGUUUGACCCGGGCAAAGAUGUAAACUCCCAGGUCACUGUACUAAUUAAAGCAUUUCUGAGAUAUAAAGAACUAAAAGUCCUCAUCGAUAGUAUUCGUCGCCUCUACCCCAAAAUAAAGAUCAUUGUUGCUGAUGACAGUCUGAAUCCAGAGAAGGUGGUCGGUGACAAUGUAGAACAGUACAUAAUGCCCCCGGCACAGGGCUGGUUUGCCGGCAGAAAUCUGGCAUUGUCGCAGGUCACCACUAAGUACUUCCUGUGGGUGGAUGAUGACUUUGUUUUCCUGAAUGAGACGCGUAUUGAGAGCUUUGUGAAUAUUAUGGAAGCCGUUCCUGAGCUAGAUGUGGUUGGUGGUCAGGUAGAAGGAAAUCAGUUCUUCUUUAAGCUGCAAUAUGAGGAAGGGAGCAGUGAGGAAGGCGGCUGUAUCACGCGUGUCACUCGUACUCACGCGCCUCUGCCAGGUUUUGACGGCUGCUUCUUUGCAGAUGGAGUUGUCAAUUACUUCAUGGGCCGGACAGAGGCUGUGAGGAGGGUCGGUUUUGACCCGUUCCUCAAAAGAGUGGCUCACUCUGAAUUCUUCAUUGACGGACUUGGAGAUUUAUUAGUUGUCACCUGCAAAGGUCUCAGAAUUGGUCACCAAAAACGCAGUCACGACGACAAGUACAGUUCCUUCAGGAAUCCUCCCAAAAGUGAUUCAGAAGCAAAAAUGACCCACCAUUUUUUCAAGAACCAUCUAAAAUGCAUCAAAUACUAAGGAGCAUCUGAGGUUAAAUGUGCUGUUCCUCACACCUUAAUAAUUAUUAUUUGUUUUUGUUUUUUUAUUUACUCUAUCAAUCAAAGGCUUGGACACAUCUACUCAUUCUUUAUUAUGACUGUUUUGGUAAUACGUUACAAUAAGGUUCCAUUAGUUACACAGUAAAAUCCCCAGAGUUAAAUCAACUCUGCUCA